AUGGCGAAAAAGAAGAAGACUCCUCCUACCGAAGCACAUCCUCCAACCGUACAUUCUAUUGAACCUCCUACGGAAGCUCCCGAUCCAGAUAGACCACCAAGUCAACAUCAUCAUCACGACCAUGAACACCACCAUCAUCAUUCGCAUUAUGCCAGAUCAGUAGAUUCAGAAGGGAAUGUCAAAGAAACCAAGACUGAGAUAGUAGAGAUAAAAGAAGUCAAAGAGAUUCCUGCGGAUCAAAUCGAUCAAGGGGAAGAAGAGAAAGCUCCUUCAAAUGCAAGUAAGAAAUCUAAAAGUGUUAAAGCCCCUACAGCUGCAUCUACUGCCAAACCACCUUCAUCAAAACCGUCAACGGUGAAAUCACCUUCUACUAAAGCUCCCACGGUCGGACCGCCCUCGACAAAAACACCAACAGUGAAACCACCCUCAGUGAAAGAACCACCUCCACCAGCCUCUCCGGCUCCUUCUCACAAAUCAGUCAGAUCAUCCCAUUCACACCAUCAUCAACCCCCCGUCAUCGUAAACGUUACCAUCCCUCAGGCCGCUCCUGCUCCGCCUCCCGCACCUAUUAUAAUCCCUCAGCCUGCUCCCGCCGAGGUAGUCGAACAAGAAGAAGUGAUAAUUGACGAACCAGUCACAUCUACACCACUGGUCGUACCUACACCUAUCAAAACUCCUACAAUCACCCCACCAAGUCCUAAACCAUCUACAAUCAAAUCAGUCAAAUCGAAAGCCAAAUCCAUCGCUCCUGCUCCGACGGUAGUCGAGGAAGCUGAAGAGCCACCUUUGGAAGAAGAAGUGACGGAAGAAACUAAAGUGGUAACUACUACUACAACAACAACAACAAAGAAAAGACCUCCUUCACCACCUAAGAGUCCUGAAGUCAUAUCUACGGAUAAUCCAUUCGUUGAGAACAUCGAUGAACCCCCUCCACCACCAAAAUCAACGAAAGCUAAAUCUGUCGCUCCUCCUCCUCCUUCUGCUGCUGCUGCCAAAUCAAUCAGAUCCAAACCUAAGACUUUACCUCCUCCUUCACCUGUACCUACGAUUCACUCUAUAGCGGCCACACCCUUUGCACACACUCCGAUGAAAUUACCUUCUUUAUUCAAAUCUUCUCCGGGAGGAUCGGGUGGAUCCGGUAAGAAGAAACGUAUGAAGAUUAUCGAAACUACCACCGUAGAGAAAAUAAUCGUCCCUGUGGAUUCUGACGAAGAAGUUGAAGAGGUCAUAGUGGAAGAAGAGGUAGAUACGGCCGCUACGACCGUUGGGAAUGCUACGACGAAGGGAAUAGGCGGUGCUAGAAGUAAUGCAUUGACUGCUACGCCCGGUAGGAGAAGUGGUACUAAAGCUGGUUUGAGACCUAUCCCAAUGGUCGAUUAUCAAGCUUUGAUACAAUCUACAUCACCUCCAUCUGUAAAGAAGACUCUCCCCUCGCUUCCUCCUUCCGGUACGGUCGCUGGUCCGAAGACGAUCGUCACUUACUCUGCUCAAUUAGAUAGAGACUCACAAGGUAACGAACAUCUUCAUGCUAGGAUGAGAGAUCAUACAGGAGUCUUCAAAGGUCCUUCCCCAUCUGUAAUCCCCGGUUCUAUUCAUUCUCCACCACCGCCUACAAUGCCUGCACCAAGUAUCGCUCCUCAACCUCAAGGUCCCAAGACGAUCGUCACGUACUCUGCUCAGCUGGACCGAGACUCUCAUGGUAACGAACAUCUCCACGGAAGAUUGAGGGAUCAUACAGGAGCAACCCCAGCAGCACCUACGUUGGCUGCACCAACUGCAUAUGCCCAAACGACCUAUGUACCAGCAGCUACCACGUACAUACCUGCUCCUACGAAUGUCGCACCUCCCCCUGCCCCUACUUUACCUACCGCUACCCCUGGUUCAGUACCUGAAGGACCCAAAACCAUCGUUACACUCUCUGCUCAGCUCGAUCGAGAUUCAAAAGGAAACGAGCAUCUGCAUGCUAAGAUGAGGGAUCAUAAGGGAGUGACUAAAGGCUUGGAACUAGAUACAGGAGAAGGUCUACCUUUGGAAACCGAGAAGGGACGUAAGAAAAGGGAGAAAAAGGAAAACAAAUUAGCUGAGAAGUUAACUGCUAAAGAGGCUUCGAAAGGAUUGCAAGGUAACCCGUAUAAACCGAUCGGUGGGGGUGUACCUCCUCCUAAAUCUGAAAGAUUUAACGGCGGUGGGGGUGGAGUACAACCUCCUGGAAUGGGUAUGAGCAUGGGAUUGGGAAUGGGAAUGGGAGGUAUGGGACCACCUUACCCACCGAUUCAACCAGCUUUAUAUCCAAGACCACCGCCGCUAGUCGCAACUCGUCCACCAAUGUUUGGUCCACCCAUGAUGGGAAUGGGAAUGGGAAUGCCCAUGGGCGGAAUGGGUAUGGGGAUGGGGAUGCCAAUGAUGGGUAUGGGAAUGCCAAUGGGCAUGUCAAUGCCUAUGGCCACUCCCAUACCUGGUGUGGUACCUGGUCAACCAGGUAUGGGAUGGUAUAAUUCUUUACCUGGAAGAUUCGGGAGAGAUAUGUUGGGAAGAGACUUCGCGGGACCUGGUGGAGUUGGUUCAAGUCAACCAUAUCGACCACCCGAUCCAUCCGCUCUACCACCCAUGCCGUUCGGAUUACCAUUUAUCGCUAGACCAGGUCAAGAAGGUUUUGAUCAGUAUGGAAGGAUGUUACCACCCGAUUUACCUGAAGGAUGGGACGGUUGGGGACGUCCCUUAGUAUCUACCAACCCUGCACCGAACGCUCCUCCUGGUGGACCAGGUGGACCUCUCCCACCUCCCGCUCCAGCAGCAGCACAAGCAGCCGGUGUACCUCCUCAACCAACAGCCACUCAAACUCAACAAAUGCCAUUCAGCUCUUCGUACGGUACAUCCUCAAUGACGGGGACGGGAAGUAGAUCAAUGUCAAGUACGCUGAGUUCGAACGGGACGGGUAGACCUGAUCAACCACCAUGUUUCGAUCGACCACCCGCGAAAUCAGAUUCGUAUUUCCGAUACGACGCCUUUCAACCUUUCUCAUUACCUUGUUCGAGCUUGAAUUACCCACAUCAAUUGCAUCUACCGCCGGAAUUGGUCAGUCAUGAUGUUAAUGAAGAAGAUUGGUCAAGGUUCAUUGACGAUCUCUCCAAAGAGGCACUAACCAACGCCCGACAUCCUCUCCAUCAUCAUGCUCGUGGUGGAAGAGGUAUGGGUCCCGAACCCGUUUUGUCCGAGGCAGUCCAUUCGUUAUUAGCUUCUUGGGCCGUAGCAUUCUUCUCCCCUAGGGGAAUCAAAAUCUAUGCAGCAACAGAAGAAUCAAAUGAACGUAUCCUCCCGCCUCCUAUCGAACCUCCUCCUCUCAAGAGGGGAUAUUCUCAUGCAGACGAAUGGUCAGAUGAAGAAUAUUCUUCAAAUGGUGAAUACAAUUUCGAUGAUUUAUCUGAAGAUGAGGAAGAAAGACACCAAAGGAAAAAAGAUAUGUAUCUCCCUAGGAUCGAAAGACAAUGGCGUAAAGAUGAGAGAUUGAUCAAAAGACGAAGAGAGAAGAGAAGAAGAUUGAGAGAAGGUGAAUUGAGAUUAAGUAGGGUAGUAGGUAAUUGGGAAAUUCACUUUAUUUGUUCGACACCGACUAUCUGGCAGCAGGGGGCUAGACCUAGAGGUUAUGGAGAACCUGUUAUAAGGUUGAGGAGGUAA